UAUGUUAGAUCUGCUAAUAAAACAAAGUAUAAAUUCCCCACAAAGAGCAGCCGCACAGACUCUUCAUCCCCCUUCUCCUCCUCCUCUGCUCUUCUCUUCUCUCCCACACCAUCAACACCAAGCCAAAUCCAAUGAAGCCUCACCAACAAGAACAAUCAACCAACCAAAACAACCAUUACCAACUCCUCCAAUCCCCCAAACUCUUCCUCAACUCUAUCUCCUUUCUCCCCAAGAUCCUCACUUUCUUCCUCGUCUUCGGCUUCGGCCUCACCUUCGGCAUCAUCUCCACCUCCUACCUCAAUUCCUUCCCUUUCCCCUUCCCCUUCCAACCCUCCCAACUCCAAUCCCCCACCCUUCCCCCUCAUAACCAGUCACCACCACCACUCUCACCUCCGCCUCCCCCUCCGCCUCCGCCUCCGCCGCCGAGAGCUCAAACCGGUCUCAAAGGAUACAUCGAGCCAAAUGAAAUCAAACAUGACAUGACAGACGAGGAGCUGCUAUGGAGAGCUUCCAUGGCACCGAAAACAAGUUCUUUUCCUUAUAAACGAGUCCCCAAGAUUGCAUUUUUGUUCUUGACGAGGGGACCUCUCCCCUUCGUUCCGCUGUGGGAGAAGUUCUUUGAGGGGCACCAUGGCUUCUAUUCAGUCUACGUUCAUGCCGAUCCCUCCUACAACGACUCCUUCCCGGUCGGGUCAGCCUUCCAUGGCCGCCGAAUUCCGAGCAAGGUUAGUCUUUUUAUAUUUCUUGCUUUCUCAUGGUCAAAGCAGCUCUUCUCUUUAUUCAACAGCUCCCAAUGGUUCGAACUUAGCCGCCCGCUCGCCAUCCAUGUCGUCGCCGACGACCGCUUUUUCCCCGUCUUCCGCCGCUUCUGUCAUCCUUCCUGCUAUGUCGACGAGCAUUACUUGCCCACAAUGAUCACCAUGAGCUUCGGCCACCUGAAUGCCAAUCGGAGUCUUACAUGGGUCGAUUGGUCGCACGGCGGGGCGCAUCCGGCGAGGUUUAUUCGUCCCGCGGUCACGCCGGAGCUGUUGCGGUGGAUGAGGGGCGGCUCCACUUGCGAGUAUAAUGGGAGGAAUACUACGGUUUGCUUUCUUUUCGCGAGGAAGUUUCAUUCGAGCUCGUUGACAAGGUUGUUGAGAUUUGCUCCAAAGGUCAUGGGCUUUGGCGGGAGGUAGUUCUGUAAAUGUAGAAUUUUUUUUUGAUGGUUUGUUAUUUAAUUUGUUGAUUGUUUGCUAAUAAUGUGAAGAAAAACUGCAGCUGAUUUUCAAUAGCUGAGAUGAAGGAUUUGUCGAACCAAGUA